GGCCAAGUGUCAUUGGAGUUCAUUGUCAUUGGAGCGGAUAACUAGCAGGAGCAAUGCUGUGCUGCCCUUGUUUUCCCAUUGGGAAGCCCAAGAAAGUCCACCCAGUGCCGGUACAAGAGGCUGCAAUCCCCAGACCUCAGAGGGUCCGCCCCAUCUUCAAGAGGCUGAGGAGAUUAUUUAAAAAGAAGGAGAAGAAGAGUGUAGAGCCUGCCCCCCCUCAGACGGUCACCCGCAUGCUAGAGGAACCGAUUAAAGACGAGGCCCCAUCACCAGAAUGUGAGCCUGAGGUCCCUGCCACCACCAUCACAUCUAAUGCCCCUCAGGACCUCACAAAGGAGGAAGAGGAGGAGGAGAGGAAGGGGGAGGAAAGCCCUGUUUGGGCAGAGAGGGUGAGAGGCCCAAGGCAUGGGACGCCCCAAAGUCUCAAGGAGGAGGACGUCAUGAUGGAGGACAAGGAGGGAGGACCCUCAUCCAGGGCCAUCAGCUGCUCUCACUCCCCAGUCAUGGAGACCUCAUCCAGGGCCACCAGCUGCUCUAACUCCCCAGUCACAGAGACCUCAUCCAGGGUCACCAGCUCGUCUCAUGCCCCUGUGACAGAGACCUCAUCUAGGGUCACCAGAUCAUCUCAUGCCCCAGUCACAGAGACCUCAUCCAGGGUCACCAGAUCAUCUCAUGCCCCAGUCACAGAGACCUCAUCCAGGAUCACCAGCUCGUCUCAUGCCCCUGUGACGGAGACCUCAUCCAGGGUCACCAGAUCAUCUCAUGCCCCAGUCACGGAGACCUCAUCCAGGGUCACCAGAUCAUCCCAUGCCCCUGUGACGGAGACCUCAUCCAGGGUCACCAGAUCAUCUCAUGCCCCAGUCACGGAGACCUCAUCCAGGGUCACCAGAUCAUCCCAUGCCCCUGUGACGGAGACCUCAUCCAGGGUCACCAGCUCGUCUCAUGCCCCUGUGACAGAGACCUCAUCCAGGGUCACCAGAUCAUCUCAUGCCCCAGUCACGGAGACCUCAUCCAGGGUCACCAGCUCGUCUCAUGCCCCUGUGACGGAGACCUCAUCCAGGGUCACCAGAUCAUCCCAUGCCCCUGUGACGGUGACCUUAUCCAGGGUCACCAGAUCAUCUCAUGCCCCUGUGACGGUGACCUCAUCCAGGGUCACCAGAUCAUCCCAUGCCCCUGUGACGGUGACCUUAUCCAGGGUCACCAGAUCAUCUCAUGCCCCUGUGACGGUGACCUCAUCCAGGGUCACCAGAUCAUCCCAUGCCCCUGUGACGGUGACCUCAUCCAGGAUCACCAGCUCGUCUCAUGCCCCAGUGACGGAGACCUCAUCCAGGGUCACCAGAUCAUCUCAUGCCCCAGUCACGGAGACCUCAUCCAGGGUCACCAGAUCAUCCCAUGCCCCUGUGACGGAGACCUCAUCCAGGGUCACCAGAUCAUCUCAUGCCCCAGUCACGGAGACCUCAUCCAGGGUCACCAGAUCAUCCCAUGCCCCUGUGAUGGUGACCUUAUCUGGGGUCACCAGAUCAUCUCAUGCCCCUGUGACGGUGACCUCAUCCAGGGUCACCAGAUCAUCCCAUGCCCCUGUGACGGUGACCUCAUCCAGGGUCACCAGAUCAUCCCAUGCCCCAGUCACGGUGACCUCAUCCAGGGUCACCAGAUCAUCCCAUGCCCCAGUGACGGUGACCUCAUCCAGGGCCACCAGAUCAUCCCAUGCCCCUGUGACGGUGACCUCAUCCAGGGUCACCAGAUCAUCCCAUGCCCCAGUCAUGGUGACCUCAUCCAGGGUCACCAGAUCAUCCCAUGCCCCAGUGACGGUGACCUCAUCCAGGGCCACCAGAUCAUCUAAUGCCCCUGUGACGGUGACCUUAUCUGGGGUCACCAGCGGCUCCUCCCUAGACCGACUUGCAGUCCAGGUGAUGGGCCAUUCUGGAGACAGAGCAUCUAGGGGCAGGAGCAGAAGCCCCUGCUCAGCCCUAACCACCCCCAGGUCCCCCAAGGCCUUACUCCACCAGUACCUGCAGCUGGAGAGCAGAGGGCUGCCCAACCUGGGGCAGACGUGCUACGUCAACGCCGUGCUGCAGUGUCUCAUCCACCUGCAGGCCCUCUGCUCCCAGCUGCUGCUGCAGGAGGCUGUGUGGAGAGUCAAGCCGGAGGCCCUGCUGAUCAGUACCUUCGUGGGACUCUUGCGGCUGCGAGGGUCCACUGAUAUGGACGUCAAGGCAGCAGUUCUCUUCGAGUUUAAGGAAAACAUCGCCCAGCACAACCAGGAGUUUGAGGGGAACUACCAGAACGACGCCCAUGAGUUCCUCUCAGAGUGUCUGCUGAGGCUGAGUGCCAUUAGCCAGGAGCUGGCCAUGGGGGACGUGGCCUACCAGUGCCCAGUGGACACUCUGCUCUCCUUCCAGCUCCGCUAUAUAAGAACUUGUCAGAGCUGUGGAGUUGAGAGCUCGAGGGAUGAGCUUAACACCAUGUUCUCCCUCGACCUGGUUGAGCAUGGAUCAGUGAAGGAAAGCCUCCAGCUCUAUUUCGCUGAGACUGCAGUGGAGUUUCGGUGUGAUUGCUGUAACGGUCGGGGCUCCACCCUGAGGUGCCAUUUCCACACUCUGCCUCAGGUGCUGAUCCUCCAUCUGAAGAGGUUCUGUCCCCUGACCCUCACAAAGCAGCAUCAGGCGGUCACACUGGACCCCAGCCUGAACCUGAGGGCACGGGGCGAAAGGACUGAAGAGGCCAUUCGGAUUCCUUCUCCUCCAACUAGAGUCCUGACAGGUGUGGACUGUUGUGUAGAUGAAGCUCAUCCUUCCCCACUUCCCUCCUUCUGCCCAGCGGUGUCCAGUGUAGGUGGAGAGACAGGGACAGAGACCACGGAGACAGGCAGCCAGUAUAAACUGAUAAGUAUACUGAGCCACAUUGGGUCAGAUGCCACCAGCGGCCACUACAUCGCUGACUGCCAGGAGCAGCCAGGCCAGUGGGUGUUAUACGAUGACCAUGACGUCUCCUUAACAUCGGAGAAGGCCGUCCUCAAAUACAGGGAGAGGACAGCCUACAUCCUUUUUUACAUUAAAAAGUGAGGCAGAUCACUAUUGUCUGCCCCCUGCCCUUCCCCAUCAUCAUUGGGGGUAAAAGGCGUCAGCACCACUCCAUCAGGCUGCCAUGGCAACCAAUGGGCGACCCCUCCAGAAAGGUCUGGUAAAAUCAUAUCACACCAACAUUAAUGUCCAAUCAGUCAGAUUGGACGAAAGGACACCACUACGUCGCCCACUGUGAAGAGCAACCAGGCCAGUGGGUGUUAUAUAAUGACCAUGAGGUCAAUAACAUCAGAGGAGGCUGUUCUCAGAGACAGGGAGAGGACGGCCUACAUUCUGUUUUACAUUAAAAAGUGAAGCAGAUGACUAUUGUCUGCUCUCUCUCUUCCCUCCCCCAUCAUCAUCAGGGGUAAAAGGUGUCAGAAUCACUCCAUCAGGCUGCCAUGGCAAUCAAUGGGCGACCCCCCCCCCCCCCCAUAAAGUUGGUGGGGCAGAUCACCCCCCUACCCACCCCGUUAGCCCUUCACCCCACCCACCAUCGGGGGUAAAAGGUGUCAGCAUCACUCCAGCAAACUGGCAACCAAUGGGUGACCCCUCCAUAAAGGUCAAAUGAAAACAAAUCACACCAACGUCAUCAAUGUCCAAUCAGUCAGCCAGGCCAAUGGGUGUUAUAUAAUGACCACGACGUCUCCUUAACAUCGGAGGAGGCCGUCCUCAAAGACAGGGAGAGGACAGCCUACAUCCUGUUUUACAUUCAAAAGUGCGGCAGAUCACCACGCUUCCCACCCCUUCUGCCCUCUGCCCCCCCACACCCCCAUCGUCAUAGGUCAGCACCACUCCGCCAUGGGCGACCCCUCCAUAAAGAUCAAAAUCAUAUCACACCAACAUCAAUAUGU